UUUGAAGAUAGCAAUGGCGGAAUCUUCCAGUGAAUCAGAGUACUGCAGUCACGGUCGAUUGGACAGACGGAAGCCUCGUGCCAGCCGACACCGCACUGCAGAUGUUACUGCAAAGAUCCAUACCUUAACAAGUACUUUACAGGAUACCAAUCGAAACCUCCGACAAGUUGACCAGAUGCUGGGACAGUAUAGAGAUUAUAGCAACGAACAGACAGAAGCUAUAGAAAAUUUAAGAGAGACUUUGGAGCAAUCAAUAGGGCAAUUAAGGAGUCAACGCUUAUUCAGAAACCCUGGAGUAAGAAGUGCUUCUCUUUCCAGUUUGUAUGUGAGUGACCUGGAUGGCCCCAGUGUAACAGAUAGCCAUCACCACCUCCGGCCUUCCUCACCACUCAGGGACUCCAGAGAAUCACAGGGUUCUAGACUACACAGGUCUAGAUCGGCUUGUGUCCGGUUUCUUGAUGAGCCAGAUGAUUUGGCCCAGCUUCAUUCAUUGCACCAGUCCCUCCGAGACCUCAGUAAUGAACAGGCCCGCCUUGGAGAUGACCUCAACAGAGAGCUUUCAAGAAGAAACAGGUCAGAUGCUCAAACUAAAAAGACUUUGGAAGAAUUAUCUGUGAGACUUGAUGAAUCUCAGAGACAAGACACAGUUUCAGAAAGGGUAGAGAAACGGCUUCAAGAAAUAGAGAGAGUGAUGCAUAAUGAAAGACAGUUGGUGGAAAGGCGUCAGGAACAGCUGGGGCUCAUGUCUUUACAGUUGCAGGAGGCUCUGAGGAGACAGGAUGCUAAAGCUAGUGAAAAUGAGGGAUUGAUGAAAACUAAAUUAAGACAAUCUGAAAGUGAAAAGAUUCAGGUUGAACAGGAGUUGGAAACAUCCCGAAGGCUGUUGGCACAGUCAGAAAGCAGUCGAGAAGCACUUUUACUUCAGAUAGAAGACCUGCGUGCUCAACUCUUGAUGUAUCAAACACCACAGAUUUCUAGGCAACAAAAGAACCAACAGAACGAGCAUGGAGAUGACAGGAGGCUUAGAAGAGGGGCUGAGAGGUCUGAUCAGGAGAAACAAGAACUGGAGAAACAGGUCUCAGAGCUGAAAGCCAAGCUGAACCACAGUGUCAUGAUGUCUGAGGUACAGGAAUUGAAGCGAUGCAUUGAGAGAAAAGACAAGGAAAAAGCACAGUUAGAAGAACAAACAGAGGCUUUAGCAUCUGACUUAGAGAAGAGGGAGAGACAGCAAGUGCGGAUGUUGGAACAACUUACAGAGAUUCAGAAAUGCUAUGAGGAGUGUGAGAAUGAACGGACACAUGCUAAUUCCCAAGUCAGAGAGUUGGUCCAGCAAGCUGAGGAGUCUACCAAGGAAGCAGAGAGAUAUCUCAGCGAAUUCCAGCGAUCAGAGGCCUUGAGACAGGAGUCAGAGAAGAAGAAAGAAGAGUUGAAAACAAAGGCUCAGGAAUCUAUUAGACAGUGGAAGCUCAAAUAUAAGGCUUUAGAACGAGACUUGGAGAAACAGAAUGAGACAGUUCUGCAUCUUACAGAAAAGAACAAUCAGAUGUUGAAAGAGAGAGAUGACUUGAAGGGUCAGCUUCACUUAGCUUCAUGCCGGAUUGAAAAUCUUCGACAGGAGCUGAAUGACGUCAUAACCAAGCGUGCUAAUCAGGAAGAGGAGCUUCAUUGUAAGGAGAGAAAACUUAGUGAAAUGAAGUGUCGGCAAAUGGACCUGGAGCAGGAAGUCAGGACCCUCAAUGACACUGUCCAUCAAUUGGAAAAUGAAUUGCAAAAGCACAGUAGGGUACAUAACCAGAUGACUACUGAAAAAGAACACCUUGAGAAGGAAAUUGCUGAUAUAAAAAUUUUCCGAGAAAAAGACAAGGAAAAACUCUUUGAGUUCCAAGAGACCAUCAAGGACCUGAGUUCAUCUCGAGCAGAGCUUGUUAACAAAGUGGCUGAAGAAGAGCGGGCCAAGAAGGAGGCACUUAAAAAUCUUUCUGAUCUCAAGAAAAUGGAGGGAUCUAACCAGGAGGAAACAAGUACAGUAAUCAGGCAGUUAAAAGUAGAAAGGGAUGUGCACCAGAGAGAGCUGGAAGUUCUCCGGACAGAAUUACAGAGCAUGAAAGCCAAACAUGAUCGCAGUAUUCAAGAGCUGAAGCUGCAGUUUAAACAAGAACAGAAUGAAGUUGAGAGCCUCAUCAGAUCCCUGAAGGCAGAAAACUUGGAAGACAAGAAUGUGGCAAAAAUUCAUCGUUGGCAGAUGGAGAAAAUAAAAAAUCAGUAUGAAAAACUGGCAGAAGAAUUAGCCCAACAAGAGGAUGAGAACUUAAAACUCAAGCGAAAAUAUCAUCUUGUGAAACAGGAAUUGGAAAAUAAGGAAAAACAGCUAAGCAAUGAUGAAGAACAUUUAAGGAGAAUGGAAGAAACAAGGCUGCAGCUCAAGGACCAACUGCUUUCUAUGGAGACAGAACAGGAAUCCAUUUUUGACAUGUUAGGAAGGGAAAUUGAUGCAGCUUGUGAAAUCUUCUCCAGGGACUCUUUGGAUAAAUUCAAAGCUGUUUCUACUACAACUGAUAUACACCAUGAUGUAAGUCACGACCCACACCGUUGGUUAGCAGAAAGUAAGACUAAACUUCAGUGGCUUUGUGAAGAGGUGAAAGAGAGAGAGAACAGAGAAAAAAAGCUGAAGCAACAGCUGUUAUUGUCCAGACAUCAACUCAAGGACAUGACUCAACUGAAAGAAUCCCAGCAUCAAUCUCUCUUCGACCAGAUAGAAAAACAGGAGCAACUUAUAGAAGAAAUCCAUCGAGAAAGGAAAGAUCUUCUGGAGAAAAAUCAGAAAAAAGAUGAAGAAAUGGAAUAUCUACAGGGCCGCAUAUGUGCUUUAGAAAGGAGUACCCGAGUGGCCUUGGACCAUCUGGAGUCUGUUCCAGAAAAACUGAGCCUCCUAGAAGAUUUCAAAGACUUUGGAAAAAUGGCUUUGAGACCCAAGGACAACCAACAAGACAAGGAUAGGAAAAUGAAUGUGAGUCCUCCCACUGAUCGAGGGGAAGGUUUUCCCCCCAGUUGGAAAGAACGUAGCAGCACCUGCGAGCACAGUUCAAGUCUUUCACAGGCAGGCUCAUAUAUCAAAAAGAUGAUUCCUUUGGACUCAGUUUCAACCAAGGAAGAUGCCACAGAUGUCAUUAUGAAUGGGAUAAGAUCACAAGCCAGAAAGGAGAAAUUCGACAGCAACAAAAAUAAAAUGUAAUCUAGCUCCUCUCAUUGAGGGACCAGUGUUUUAAAAAUAAUAACAUAGUUAUUCUGGCUCUGGUCCGGCCCAGCUGCAAACUAACAGACCAACCUGCAGCUUCAGCUCCUCAACAAUUGCCAAACACUGACUGAAAUUACAGCACAGUUGGUUCUUGGGAAUGACAUAAGUUUAACCAAACAAAACAAUAUGUACCAUUUUGGCUGAUGGAUAGGGUGAAACUCCACGGCAAACCUUUGCUCUUUCUCUUAUGUUUUCUUUGUUCAGAUUUGGUCAGAUCACAUUUCCCUGACCAAAGCUUGGAAUUACAAUAGAGUUCUUUCAAAGGUUACAAGCUAACGAGUAGGAAGUCCAUUUGGGCCAGCACUUACCAUUAAUUUCAAUUCAGAUAACAUUUUUACAAAAGUAAUUUU